UUUCUUAUCCUGACAUAAUGUUUCUUAUCCUGACAUUAUUCGUGCAUUGUUAAUUUUGGCUUUUCAAGUUCACAGGAUUUGCUUAUGUUGAAUUUCGCAGGAUAAGGGGGAUGAUUUGAAUGUUAUUUUGGGUAAUGUGGAGUGUGUGAAUACUGAUGGUAGUGAAUCAGUUGAAAUAGAGGCUUCUGGUGUUGAUCACAUUGAUGCUGAAGUGAUGGUCUGUGAGGUUAGUAGGAAUUCCUUAAAGGGGGGUGAUGUCAAUAAAAAUGUUGAAAGUCUUGAGACUUCAGAUGCAGAACUAAAUAAAGCAGCGGUUAAUGAUCUGGGAUUAGAGUCAUCUCAGAUCAGAACUGCGGAAUGGCCUUGCAUAGAGCCUACUGAUACUUCAACAACCAGGCAAUGGCCCAGCUUUAAGCCCUGCACUAUUCCUGUAACGCAUGUGGUUUCUGUUGAAGAACAGAUUAGAUUCAACAUGUUGCAGUUGCAGCAAAAUGUCUUUGAAGCUUGCAAACAAUUCCUAUCUACAACUGCUGGAUCAGACACUGAUGAAAAUGAUAAUGAAGUUGAUGAAGAUGAUUUAAUGGAUGAAGAUGGGUCUAAAGAAUGCAAGGAGUUCAAUUUUUUUGCGAGGCUUUUCACAGAGAACAAUGAACUCCGAAGUUAUUAUGAGACUAACUGUGGAGGCGGGGAUUUCUGUUGUUUGGUCUGUUGUGGGAUUGGGAAGAAAGCUUGGAGGACUUUUAAAGGCUGUGUAGGGCUUAUUCAGCAUUCCACUGCAGUAUCAAAGACAAAAAGGAAGCUAGCUCAUAGAGCUUUUGGGCUGGUUAUUUGUAAGGUUCUUGGUUGGGAUAUUGAUCAUCUUCCAUCAAUUGUGUUAAAGAGUGAGCCUCAGAGUCGUUCAUUGGAGAACUUGCCACAGCGUGAUGGAAAAGCUGGUUGUGACAUGGAUGAGCCAGAUGCUCAUACAGACAAAACAGAUUCCAAAUCAACUUCUGAGGAGGAUAUUGAUGCACAUCAAAAUAAUAGCAUGCUGAUGAGUAAUGAGAAUUCUUUCAAUGAAGAGCCUAGCAAAGACAACAAUUUAGAAUACAGGACUUUGAAUAUUGAAGCAACUGAAGAUAAAGCGGUCCAUUCCCUGAAUUCGUCAUUGGAAAAUGAUAGCCAACCUAAAGCAGGCAAUAUUCAGAUGGAGAAUUCAAGUGUUGAUGAGACGGAGGAGGAUGCUUACAAUCUGACGUAGAAAUAUCUUAAUCAGAAAACAUUGUAGAUGGAGAAAAUGAACAUUGCAUAAUUACCAUUUGGAUGGUAAGAAUAGUCACUUCGUUCUAGAAAUUUUAUCACUGAUUCUGUUGGCUCAAGACUCUUGCUCGGAAGGUUGAAAUAUAGUUGGCAGUCUGCUUUUUCCAUUUUCGUUUUCAUGCAACCUGAACCAAUUCUUAUGCAAAAGCUUUUGCAUGUUGAAAGUAAACUCAUCAAAUUCAAUUCAACCAAGUGAGCAAUCAAUUCCAUUCAACAUUUUUCAUUAUCAUAGACAAACAAAAAGGACAACUCUUAUCGAGAUCUUACUUACAUGUUUAGACUUCUCAGUUCAAGGGUUGAACUCUCUCGUCUAAAUUUCAAGCUCUGAGUUGGGUUUCGACGUAAAUUUUUAAGCUUAAUUCAGUUAAAUUGUGUUGUUAAUAAAUAAUA